AUGGGAAAUUUGAGUUCAUGUGUAAAGAUCCAAAGUUCAUCAUCAAACACAAAUAACAUGGCAAAGUUAGUUGAUUCACAAGGGCAACUAACACUAAUAAACCUCCCUACAACGGUUGCCGAAUUAAUGCUAGAAAAUCCCGGCUUUGCCCUUACUCCGGUGGAGGAACUCCGGGAGACUAGCCGUAUUCCGGCGAUGAAAGCUGAUGACGUGUUACUUGGUCGGAAAGUUUACUUGUUAGUGCCGGUUGACAAAGUCAACUCUAGGUUGACUGACUUGCAAUUGGCUGCUAUUGACUCUCUUCUUUGUUCUUGUAAUGGGAAGGUAGGUGGGAAAGCGACACGUGGCGGUUCUAAGGUUUCUCCUACUACCGGGGUUAAUGGUAAUAGUUUGGAGGACUUGGUGAAGGAUUUGAGUGGGAAGUGUACCGGUGUAACCGGUCAAAGAAACAGGUUUUGUAAGGUUUGGGAACCUGUUCUUGAGCCAAUUUUAGAAGGCUGCUAA